UUGUCUCCAGAGCAGAACAUGGAGGAGGAAGCCAUGGGGAAGCUGGAGGAGGCCGUGCGGGAAGCCCGGCAAAAGGCAGCCCCAUCCGUGCGGGAGUUCAAGUACAACAAAAAGCGAGUGCGUCUCAUCUCACAGGGCUCGGAGCUCAAGGAUGACGCUAAGUGCAUCCUUUACUGGAUGUGCCGAGACCAGCGUGUGCAAGAUAACUGGGCUUUCCUCUAUGCCCAGCGACUGGCCCUCAAGCAAGAGCUCCCUCUGCAUGUCUGCUUCUGCCUGGUGCCCAAAUUCCUGGAUGCCACCAUCCGCCACUAUGGCUUCAUGCUGCGGGGUCUGCAGGAGGUGGCCAAGGAGUGCACAGAGCUGAACAUCCCCUUCCACGUGCUGCUGGGCUACGCCAAGGACGUGCUGCCCGCGUUCGUGGUGAGGCAUGGCGUGGGGGGGCUGGUCACAGACUUCUGUCCCCUCCGCAUCCCCCAGCAGUGGGUGGAAGACGUCAGAGAGCGGUUGCCGGAGGAUGUGCCGUUUGCACAGGUUGAUGCCCACAACAUUGUGCCCUGCUGGGUCAGCUCCCCCAAGCAGGAGUACACUGCCUGGACCAUCCGGAGCAAGAUCCACAGACAGCUCCCAGAGUUCCUCACCGAGUUCCCUCCAGUCAUUCAACACCCAUAUCCCCCCUCCACUCCGGCAGAGCCCGUCGCUUGGGAGGCCUGUGAUUCCAGCUUGCAGGUGGAUCGCACCGUGAAGGAGGUCGCAUGGGCGACCCCCGGCACUGCCGCAGGGCUGGCUGUGCUGCAGUCCUUCAUUGCCGAGCGGCUGGAAUCCUACAGCUCCCACCGGAAUAACCCCAAUAAGGCAGCUCUCAGCAACCUGUCACCGUGGUUCCACUUUGGCCAGAUUUCCACCCAGAGAGCCAUCCUGGAGGUGCGGAAGCACCACAGGAAGUACCAGGAGUCUGUUGACGUCUUUGUGGAGGAGGCCGUAGUGCGGCGGGAGCUGUCUGACAACUUCUGCUACUACAACAAGAACUACGACAGUGUUCAAGGUGCCUACGACUGGGCACAAACCACACUGAAGCUCCAUGCUAAGGACAAGAGGCCUUUUCUCUACAAGCUUCAGGAAUUGGAGCAGGGGAACACGCAUGACCCACUUUGGAACGCUGCCCAGCUCCAAAUGGUCCAGGAGGGCAAGAUGCAUGGCUUCCUGCGGAUGUACUGGGCCAAAAAGAUCCUGGAGUGGACACGCUCCCCUGAGGAGGCUCUGCAGUUUGCCAUCUACCUCAAUGAUCGCUACGAGCUGGACGGGAGGGAUCCCAACGGAUACGUAGGCUGCCUCUGGUCCAUCUGUGGCAUCCACGACCAUGGCUGGACGGAGCGGGCCGUGUUCGGCAAGAUCCGCUACAUGAACUACGCCGGCUGCAAGAGGAAGUUUGAUGUGGGCCAGUUCGAGCGUCGCUACAGUCCCCACAAGCUCCACAAGUGA